AAUGCUUGCCUACACCAUUUUGCGUGUAGUUAGCUAACAGCAGCUAGCUGUUUGUGUAAUUUUCUUCGUUUGGCUGUAUUUUUGUUUGUUAGUUGGGUGAUUUUGUUUUUUUUGUGUUAACGGCUGUGAUAAUAAACCAGAGUAAACAAACCCAUCGGUUCUGACCCGGACUGUCUGUCUUCGUCUGAGCAAUGGACGGAGAAGAAGACGACUUCAUGUCCGGGACUCACUCCGACGAUGGAGGUGCCACGCCGGUUCAGGAUGAACACCCGCUGUCAGACGAGGAGGAGAUGAAGAUCAGCAGACGCCAUUCUGAGGACGAGGGCAGUAAUGACGAAGACUCCAACUUUAUGGAAACCGGUGGGGCAGCCAGCGACUCUGACGCAGAGGACCACCGCAGAGCUGACAGCGACUCAGACGGCGACUCAGACGGCGAGGCUCCAAGGGGCCAUGACAAUAAAAGUGACUCUGAGGCGGAGGCGCCACAGCCUGCCGACAGUGACGAUGACUCUCCGGUUAAACGAAGGAUGAGCACAUCAGACAAUGAUGAGGAAGAGGAGUCACCAGAGAAACCCAGAAUGAGCGGAUCGGACAACGAGGAGUCGUCUCCGGUCAGACAUGAACUGUCUGACACUGAGGUGAGAGAGGACUCAUCCCCGGUUAAACGCAGAGGAAGCAGCUCAGAGCUGGAGGACGAGGAGGAUGCGCCCAAAGCGGCUGCAGACAGCGACUCUGAGAGUGAGGAAAACAAACCUGUGGCGUCCCCCGACCACCGUUCUGACAGCGAUGCCGAUAAUGAGGAACCAAAACCUGCUGCGUCCCCGGAUCGCUGCUCUGACAGCGACUCUGAGAACGAGCGAACAAAACCUGCAGCGUCCCCGGAUCGCCGCUCCGACAGCGACUCUGAGAACGAGAAAAGGAAACCUGCGGCGUCCCCGGAUCACCGCUCCGACAGCGACUCUGAGAACGAGAAAAGAAAACCUGCGGCGUCCCCGGAUCGCCGCUCCGACAGCGACUCUGAGAAGGAGAAAACCAAACCUGCGACGUCUCGUGAUAGCGACUCUGAAAAUGAGGAUUCGAAACGUGCGGCGUCUCCUGACCGCCACUCUGGCAGCGACUCUGAUAAUGAGGAAUCCAAACCCGUGGCAUCGUCCAAACAACGUUCCGACAGCGACUCCGACUCAGGGACGCCUGCCAGACGCAAGGUGUCCCAGAUGGACUCUGACGAGGAGGAGAAACAGCAGGAGGGAGGAGGAGGAGGGAAGUGGAAGGGUGUGAUGCAGUCUGACAGUGAGGAGGAGGAGGAGGAGGAGGGAGGGCGACGGAGGAAGGCUGCAACUGGAAGUGAUGAAGAGGAGCGGCAGGAGGAAGAGGAGAAGCAGCAGAGAGACGACGACGACGAGAAGCCAGCUCAGGAGGUCAGACGCCUCGCAGAGACCUGGAGAAGCAGCUAACGGGAGAGGAGAAAGCUCUGAGACCUGGUGACCCAGGGUUCUGCGCUAGGGCCCGGGUCCCCAUGCCCUCCAACAAAGACUACGUGGUCCGGCCCAAAUGGAACGUUGAGGGAGACUCGAGUCGGGGUCCCAUGAAAAAGGGAAUGUCCCGGGUCGAUAAACAGAUGAGAAGAUUUGCAGACAUCCGGCGGCUGACGAAGACGGGUCACGCUGUGAAGAUCAGCGUGGAAGGCAACCGGAUGCCGCUCUGACUCCAUCUUUACUUUUUUAGGAUUUAUUAUUAUUUGUAAUGUUUUGUUCCCGAACAAAUCCCAGUUUUUCCCUCCUCAGGUUUUCAGCUCAGCCUCUUUCUGAAGGGCUUCUGUCAGAACGUGAUCGUUUGCUGUAAACUUCAUUAAACG